AUGCUGACUCUGAUCGCGCUGGCAGACAUUUCCGACUGGAAAAAAUUCGUCACGGAACAAUACCAGGAUACAAAAGUUGUAUGGGAGGUGAUGUUCAUGAUGUUGGCAUCUCGUUUUCCGGGCGAUGAUCUCGCCAGUGUUCUAGUUGAGGGAGCAAAGAUCAAUGGUGUGAAGGGCAUCGUGGCAAAAAUGAUAGAUCUUCAGAUCAAGAAGUGGGUAGAAUUGGAGAAAGAUCCUGCAAAGGUUUUCGAGCUGUUGCAAUUCCAACAGACGGGUGGCAAUCCUAUUACAAACCCACUUUUUCUCAAGUGGACCGCAUUCGUGCGGUCAAGGUUCCCCGAGAUGACGGAAAUGGCAGACCAAGUAUUGUCCGUCUUGGCUAUACAUUUUGAAAAGGACACCACCAGCUCCGUUUAUGGGGAGAUGCCAAGAUCGAAAGCCCGGAAAGGUUUUUCAAGCUUUUGGAGCUCGAACAGACCGGAGACAAACUUUUUGCAAGCCCACUAUUUCCUGGGCCAGUACCAGACGGAAGAUUUGACCAGGGUUUUCGUUGCGGGAACAAAGGUUGCUAAAGUGGCACAAAUUGCUGCAAGUAUGCUAAAGUAUCAGGUCAGAGGGUGGGCUUUUGAAAAGUUAUCUGAGAAAGAGGUAUUCGAGCUCUUGCAGAUCCACCAGCAAAGUGGCGACCUACUUGAAAGACCGCUAUUUUUCGUUUGGGUAAGUUUCGUUAACUUACGAUACAACUCCCCGAAAGAGGCCGAGAUAAAGAAGUUCACCUUCUUGGAAGAUUAUUGCACGGGCGACGAUCUGGCCAAGGUUUUAGUUGCAGCGAUAAAGAGCGACAGUACAAAAUUGUUAGCUGAACAACGCCUAAACAGCCAGAUUGACGUGUGGGUAAGAGAGAAGAAAGAUGUGACAAGCGUUUUCAACCUUUUGGAACUCCACGAUCAGACAACUGACAACCUUUUCGCUAGCCUACUUUUUUCUAAGUGGUUCACUUACGUCAGUUCGAGAUUUCCGGAUGAGCUACAAGCAACGAAUGCGAUGAUCUCGACUCUGAGAAGUGUUUACAAGGAGGAUGUGGGCAGAAUUCUAGCUGAGGGAGCAAAGGUCGAGAGGAUGAAAGCCGUCGCUGAAACACUGCAAAAAACUCUGAAUGAAGAAUUGGUGCCGAAACGACAUAAUAUUGACUUAAAUGAGCUUCCAACGCAGAAACGGCAAAAAAUCGACUUGAAUGAGCCGCGAUUGCCGGAAGACGACCUGGACGAGCCAUCUCCGAGAGAAGACUGA